UAGCCAUCCACCGCGCCACCCCACGCACUCCGUCAUGCCCUUGGUGAGGCCUAUGGUGACCCUUGGUCGCAGGCCCGCCAAAGCCUAGAUCGGGCCAGACCGACCGCGACCUCAUGCCCACCGCCUCUUUGCAGCAUCCAGGCCCUGUCGCACCAAAGCGGACCUCCGUCCCAGGUGCCAGCCAAGAGUAGGAGAGGUGUCGGCCAGGAGAAAUUGGCCCCUUGCCGCCAUCACUGGAGCCUGCCCGAGCUUCACCGACGAUUCCUCUGGCGGCAGCGGGACGGGGAAGAUGAGGAGAGGGUGUGGCGGCGUAGGAAGGAUUUCACCGCCAGUGACGCCAGAGAAGGGCGACGCAGAGAUGUUUUUUUUUUUCGUGUUCCGCAACUUCACCCCUUCUCUGAACUGAAUCUCUAGCAACAGUUGUAUUCCAAUGGUCCGAACAGUUGAGAUCACCCACAAGAGAACAAAACACCUACUCGGCACCAAACGCGAGUCCGACGGAAGCCGGGGCCCACACUCACUUCACUCUCGUCAGCUACCUUCCGAACUCUCUCAACGUCGCAAGUCGAUCGCAACAACUCCCGGCUCUGGCCGUCGCUGUCCACCCACACCCGCCCACCAUGUCGCUCAUCCGCUACUUGCCGUCGCCGUACCUUCCCCUCCCCUCUGCCGCGGCCCGCCGCCGUGGAUUCCUCCAGUCCGCCGCGCCUCCCGGUGCCCGUGCCGCCGCUGUCCAUGUCCUCGCCGCGAACCGCGUCGUGCUGGGGUGCGGGCUGGUGACGCUGGACUACCUGGCCACGGUGGACGCGUACCCGCGGCCCGACGACAAGAUCCGCAGCGGGGAGCUGCAGAUAUCGGGAGGCGGGAACGCCGGGAACGCAUUGACAGGCGCUGCUCGUCUGGGCCUCAACACCAGGCUCAUCUCCAAGGUGGCCAACGAUGAAAUAGGAGGAACUGUUCUUUCGGAACUUGAGGAAGCUGGGAUUGACGUGUCACAUCUUAUAAUCUCUGAUGGUGGAAACACAACAUUUGUUUAUGUCAUUAUUGAUAAGAAAACGAAAACCCGAACAUGUAUAAUCACGUCAGGCUACCCUCCAAUGGUUCCUUGUGACAUAUCAAUGUCAAAUUUGUCAGCUGCACUACAAGAUGUAAACUUGCUAUACCUAGACGGAUAUUCACAUGAAAUGGCACUAUCUGUUGGUAAGCAGGCUGAUCUGAUGAAGAUUCCAAUACUGGUUGAUGCGGAACCAGAAAGAACAAAGACAGAACUGGAGCAUCUGCUCGACCUAUCGAGUUACAUUGUCUGUUCGGGUAAAUUUCCAGAGAAAUGGACAUCAAUUUCAUGCAUUCCCUCUGCACUACUAGAGAUUCUUGUGCAAUAUCCCCGUGCGAGGUUCGUCAUUGCAACCCUUGGAGAAAACGGGUGCAUGAUGCUUGAGAGGAUCGAAGAUGAUUCUGGAAUAGAUGCGGUAGAUAUUGGGAAUGUUGCUGAGUCCUUAAGGCUUAAAGUGCAUAAAGAUGACAAUCUGCCAACUUGUGUAUCAUCCAAGUUCAUGAGACUCUCUGGAAGAGGGCAUGGGACUAUACACGGAAGAUUGCUGAUAGGAACAGCAGAAAAAAUCCCCGCUCCAGAGCUUGUUGACACCACCGGUUGUGGCGAUGCGUUCAUAGGAGCAGUGCUCUACGGGCUGUGCACAGAGAUGGCUCCGGAAAAGAUGCUGCCUUUUGCCUGUCAAGUGGCAUCAAAUGCAGAGCGAUCGGCGCGCGCACCGGCCUACCGUGGCGAUCUGAUGCCCGCUUGUCCAAGUACUUAGCGUGAGGCACCCUGAAAGAAUUGUGUGGAAAAAAAAAGGAACGGCUUGGAGAAGAUGCAACAUGUUCCUGGCUGUUCACCAUGGGAGUGGACUGGAACAUGCAUGAUACUGUAUAUGGUGCGGUACAAGUGUCAUCGUAAAGAGCUCGCGUGACGAUGCCAUAUAUGUAUGUUUGGUUGAAUAAAAUCCGUCCAUUAUGUGGGAAUUUCCUGAUUUGUUAGUUCAAACAAUGCCCGCAAUUUAUGCAGCACAUAUGUGAAA